AUGAAAAGGUCCUUUGGGGUUGUCUUCUGGGAGAUUGCACAAUUAGCAGAGCAGCCCUUUCAGGGCAUGUCUAAUGAACAAGUUCUCUAGUUUGUUAUGGAGGGUGGCCUUCUAGAGAAACCAGACAACUGCCCCAAUGUGCUGUUUGAAUUGAUGAGUAUGUGCUGGCAGUACAAUCCCAAAAUAAGACCUUCUUUUCUGGAGACCAUUGGCAGCAUCAAAGCUGAACUGGACCCUGACUUUGAGGGGGUUUCCUUCUUUUACAGUGAAGAAAAUAAACCACCAGACACAGAAGAGCUGGACUUAGAGACUGAGAACAUGGAGAGCAUUCCCAUAGAUCCUUCCUCUACCCUCCAGCCAGUCGACAAACUCUCAGUACACAAAGCUGAGAAUGGGCAUGGUGUGGUGUUCCUCAGGGUCAGCUUUGAUGAAAGGCAGCCUUAUGUGCACACAAGUGGAGGAUGCAAGAAUGAAAGGGUCUUACCUUUUCCCCAGCCCUCCAUCUGCUGA